UUUUCGCUUUUUGGUCCUCAGAGACGAAUUUAUCUAUUUUUUUUUAAUAAAAAUUUUCCCUCUUCUUUGACAAUUCACACGCACUGAUUUAGGCGGGAAAAUCCUCUCCCUGCAACUUUUCUACUUCCCUAAACCGCGCCUACAGCCUUUUUCCCAGCCGUUUCUCGUGCUGUGAAGAACCGAAGAUCGCCGGCCGGGUGUUGCAGACCGCGACUGGAAAUGCCACCAAGAAAAAAGUUAAAGUCUUUGGCCUCGAAAUCAAGCAAAGUUUCUUCAGCUGAUCAUUCGUCGCAACCUUCAAAGUUCGGCAUCCAGCAGUUGUUCCUUCGUCAUUUUCAAAACUCCCAAUCCACAUCCUCAUCUCCUAGCUCCAGUAUUGCUUCUGGAAAUGAAGUUUUGGCGCCUCAAAACCCUCCCGACAUGCUGGAUCGGCAAGCUGAUAAUGUGGAAGAGUCCUCGCCUGAGGUCUCAAAAACCUUCAAACAUUUCAAAUUCUCUCCUGGAACGCUGAUAAUGCAAAGCCAGGACGAUGGAAAUGAAGAGAUAACUUGGAAAAUCUCUCCUAUGAAUGAAAAACUUCGGGCAACUGCUAAGCAAAUUCCUAAGAUGGCAGAAUUGUCAGACAAUCCCACCAGGGUUAACUCUUCUGGCAUUCGUCAUUGCUCCCUGGACAAGAAAGUUUAUCCCACCCCUGGUACAACUUCCAAACUUGAGCAAUGGCUUUCUUCGCCAGCAAAGAAAGAUUCUGAGAGAUCAUCGUUCCUGGUGAAUAGCAUUGUUGUGGAAAGAGCGAAACCUUCUGUAGAUGUGGAUUAUGACCAUGUUAGUACAAGUGCUAAUGGAAGUAGUCCUUUUCAAACACCACCAUCACUCUCAUGCUGUCAUAACAAGGUUCCUUCUACCAUUACAUGCAGUAGGGUAUCUGAACUUGUGGAUGUCAGUCAACAUAAAAAGGCCUUGCUAGAAAUUUUAAACCAAGUUGAAGAUGUCAUCUCUGUUGAUGGCACAACAAUAGAUGACGAGGGGUCCCAUGUGCCCCAAGUAGAAGUUACAGACAGGAACGUCUCUUCUGAUGUUGUUCACCCUCAAGAUGGAGGGAAAUCUAAUCGACUAAAAAAGCAUACUUCUAUGUUUGCUGAUAUCUAUUUUCUUGUAUUAGAGGUAUCUGAGAAACGUGGCUCUGCUGGAUCAUAUCGUGGUCAGUGUCAUUAUAAGGUUCUUCGCCUGCUAAACGAGAAUACUGCAGCAGAGCGAGCUUUGUAUCUCUGGGAUGAAUGGUUUUACAGCACCGUAUCGCCAGGAGAUUCUAUCAAUGUAAUUGGUAAAUUUGAUGAGGAGGGGAAGUGUAACGUGGACCAUGAAAAUAACUUUGUAAUUGUUCAUCCUAAUAUUCUUAUUGCUGGAACUAAGGUUGCUGCAAGUUUCGCUUGCCCAAGGCGAAGUGUGCUUGAUGAACGGCUAAGAUCCAAUGAAUACUCCAUGGCAGCCAUGAUUGGGACCUUGCUGCACCAAGUUUUUCAGGCAGGUCUCAGGAAAGAGUCCGUGACGGUAGAUUUUUUGGAGGAAUACGCAAGCAUGGUGAUUAAGCAAAAUAUCGAGAGCUUGUAUGCAUGUGGAGCAAAUGAGAGAGAUGUGAAGGCAACUUUGUUCGAAGCUAUUCCAAAAAUGUUGAAAUGGAUUCAUACUUUUAGAUAUUCAAAGGACUCAAGGGGAUCAAGUGUUGAUUUUGGUUCUACCAAUGGGCAGUCAAGGCUUAAAAUAUCAGAGGUAGUUGAUAUUGAGGAGAUGGCAUGGGCUCCAAAAUAUGGUCUGAAAGGAAUGAUUGAUGCUUCAGUCCGAGUGUUGGUUGAAUCAGAUAUGAACACAAUGAAUGAGAAAAUAAUGCCCCUCGAGUUCAAAACUGGGAAAGUUCAUGCUGGUCAGUCGUCAAUGGAACACUGUGCCCAGGUGAUUUUGUACACACUCCUUAUGUCGGAAAGGUACCUGAAGCAUAUUGAUAAUGGACUUCUGUAUUAUCUGCAAGCAGAUCAAACACAUGGAAUCGCUGUUCAACGAUCCGAUUUGGUGGGACUCAUCAUGCGCCGGAAUGAACUUGCAAAUGACAUUCUCAAGGCAUCAAAAACACAACAAUUUCCCCCAAUGUUGCGGAAUCUAAACAUGUGUCAAGGUUGUCGUCAUCUGGAUUCAUGCACAAUUUAUCAUAAGGUGCAUGGUGGAAAUAAAGAAAGUAGCGGACUGGGUGAUGUCUUUGACAUGCUUACAUCUAAUCUUUCAACUGUUCAUUGCAAUUUUCUUCGCCUCUGGGAUAGAUUAAUCGACUUGGAAGCUAGAGAGAUGCAGGUGAAUUCACAUGGUCCAAAGAGCAGCAACUCAGCUAGUUAUCUUUCGUCUAUGGUUCUUGACGUGCCGGAUGGGUUUCAGCAUCUGAAUUAUCACAAAGAAAAUCGAUUCAUCUAUCGUUUUGUGCAUCAAAGUUCAUCACAAACUAAAGAAAGAAUAUCUAAUGAAGAUUCUAAGAGCACCGGAAGUCCCCAAGCAGAUGAGCUAGAUUGCAGAUUUAGAGCAGGAGAUCGUGUGAUUCUUAGUUCUGAAGUCCGCCAUUUGGCUGUUGCAAGUGGGACUGUAAUGGAUAUUAGUAGAUUUCAUGUAUCUGUCUCUCUUUCUAAGCAAUUACGUCUUCCUUGGAGUAACCCCUCUGCCGAGGUUUCUGAUCUCUGCCAUGAGGUUUGGCGAAUUGAAAAGGAUGAAAUCAUGAGUUCAUUUUCUGUCAUGAGGUCCAAUCUCUUGCGGCUUUUUGUACACAAUGGACAGAGUGCUCGUCUCAGGAAGAUGAUAGUUGACCUUGAGCCUCCAAGAUUUGACAAUGGAUCUAUACUCAGCCAAGAUCCAGCAAUAUCAUAUAUCUGGUCGGAAAAGAGUUUGAAUAAUGAUCAGCGUCAAGCUAUUCUUAAGAUACUAUCUGCAAAGGACUAUGCUUUGAUCUUAGGAAUGCCUGGAACAGGCAAAACCUCUACCAUGGUCCAGGCAGUGAAAGCUUUGUUAGUUAGAGGUUCAUCGAUUCUCCUUGCAUCAUACACAAACUCUGCUGUUGAUAAUUUACUUAUCAAAUUAAAAGCACAGGGAAUUGACUUUUUACGCAUUGGAAGACAUGAUGCUAUACACAAAGAAGUUCGGGAUAGCCGCUUUUCAGGUAUGGAAAUGUGUAGUGUUGACGACGUCAGAACAAAGUUGGACCAAGUACAAGUCGUGGCCACCACUUGUUUGGGGAUCAACAGUCCCUUGCUUGUGAACAAGCAAUUUGAUGUAUGCAUAGUCGAUGAAGCUGGACAGAUUGCACUUCCAGUUUCUCUAGGACCCUUGAUGUUUGCAUCUAAGUUUGUUCUUGUUGGAGAUCACUAUCAACUUCCACCGCUAGUACAAAGUGCAGAGGCUAGAGAAAAUGGGAUGGGAAUAAGCUUGUUCCGUAGACUAUCAGAGGCACAUCCUCAGGCAAUUUCAGUUUUACAUAGCCAGUAUCGGAUGAGUCAAGGUAUCAUGGAGCUAUCAAAUGCCUUGAUAUAUGGUGACAGACUAUGUUGCGGUUCCUCUGAAGUAGCUAACGCGAAACUUGAGCUUUCUACUUCCAAAUUUUGUCCAUCAUGGCUUAAAGAGGUUCUAGAACCGAGAAGAACAGUGGUAUUUGUGAAUACAGAUACGUUGCCGGCUUUUGAGGCAAGGGAUCACAAUGCCAUUUACAAUCCAGUCGAAGCUUCAUUAAUAGCUAAGAUUGCAGAAGAGCUAGUGAGCAACGGAGUUAGUGAGAACGAAAUCGGAAUCAUUACUCCUUAUAACUCACAAGCAUCCCUCAUUCAACAAGCUAUUCCCACGACUUCCGUGGAGAUACAUACCAUUGACAAAUACCAGGGAAGAGAUAAAGAUUGCAUAAUGGUGUCCUUUGUGAGGUCAAGCCAGAAACCGAGUUCCUCUGCCUCUUCGCUGCUCGGAGAUUGGCACAGGAUCAACGUCGCUUUGACACGUGCCAAGAAAAAAUUGAUAAUGGUGGGAUCACGUAGAACUCUCUCAAGGGUUCCACUCCUGAUGCUUCUGCUGAGGAAAGUUGAUGAGCAGUCCAACAUUGUGACAAUCACCAGCCAUCAAGAAAUCAGAUGAUUACAGUUUUUCUCAAAUGGAAUAGUUUCAUUAUUUUUGUUUUACAAUAGAGUAUAUACUGUACUGUAUAAUAAUGUAUUUAAACAGAGAUUAGAUGCCAACUCCUCUUUGUUAGACCUCUUUUUCACGCA